AUGUGUGACCAUCCCAAGGAAGGUUAUGAAGAGGUGUCAGGUAAGCUUUUGGAGUAUUGUCAAGGACAUCCAUUGGCUCUUGAAGUUUUGGGCAAGUUUCUUCAUAAUCGAGGUGUGGCGUAUUGGGAAGGGUGCAUGAAAGGGCUAAAGAAAGAAACAAAUGAUCGUAUAAAUAAUGUCUUGAGAAUGAGCUUCGACUCUUUGCCUUCCAAAAACGAUAAGGAAUUGUUUAAGCAUAUUGCUUGUUUUUUUGUUGGAAUAGAUAGAGAUCUUAGCGAAACAAUAUUGGAGGCAUGUGAUAUAAACACAAGAUCCGGAAUUACGAAUCUCAUUGAUAAAUGUCUUCUUAGUAUUGGACGGAAUAAUGAAUUGAAGAUGCAUCAGUUGGUUCAAGAGAUGGGAAGAUUCGAAAUAGAUCAAGAAUCACCUGAUAAGCCAUGGAAGCGGAGUCGAUUAUGGUGUCAUAAGGAGUCAUUCAAAGUCUUGAAACGAAAAAAGGGUAAGGGAAAUCUUCUGGGCCUUGCCCUUGACAUGCGCAUGCUUGAGAAAGAGAAGUUGGGAGCAUCGUAUGAGCUGAAAACAGAUGCAUUAACAAUCCACAACGACUUGAGAAAAGGCAAAAGUUGGAUGGCUCGUGCUUUAAAGAGAAAAGAAUCUGAAAUCCAGAUGAUGUUUUAUGAAUUUGGAAUAUUCAGCAUGUUAGUGUCUUCAUAUCAUCGUGAAUUCGUUCCAGACGGCCCCUACUUUCAAGAACAAAAGGAAAAGUAUUGGUUCAGAGCUUUAUCCCCAGGGAAGGCUGAAAUACUUGGUCGUGCAUGUGAGGGUAAGGGGGAAUCUUCAGGGUCUCGUCCUUAUCAUGAAAAUACUUGAGAAAGAGAGGCUGCAGUACAUGGCUGUCUGAAUACAAAAUAGAUGCAUUUACUCAGUUGGGUAACCUAAUACUACUAUAACUCAAUGAGUAACCUAAUACUACGAUUUAUCUUUUCGGUUUUUGUUUUUGAUAGCUAUAUAUUUGAUUGCCAAAAACAGAGGAAAACAAUAUAAAUGGUUUUUUAGUUGAUUAAUACAUGUGUA